GCUCGGGGACCAGAAUCCGCGGGCGGCGCCCGGAGACCCUCCUCCGCCCAGGACGCGCCUCGCCCAGGGGUCUCCAACCUUGGCAACGACACAACCUGAGGACUUCAACCACCAGAAUUCCCCAGCCGGAGUGGUGAUUUUUGAGACCCUAGUGGGCGAAAGGACUCCUCCAGAAGAUGUCACGAGAGGACCGAGGUGUCCGGACGGCAGAGGAGAACUCUUCCCGCGUCAUUUUUGCAGUCUUUCUGACGCUGUUGAUUGACCUCCUGGGCUUCACCCUCAUUCUGCCCCUCCUGCCCUCCAUCCUGGAUCAUUUCAGCCAGAAUGACGCCAUGAUUGGGUUGGCUUUCUCCCUGGGCUUCACCCUUGGGCCGAUGCUGGGCGCCUUCCUCGCUCUGGAGACGGAGAAGGACCAAGUCUUCUACACCAGAGCCGCCAUCUUUGCCACCAUUUUCGCUCUGGCUGAUUUCCUGUUCAUCUUCUUCUGUUUGCCGGAGACGCUCCCCAAGGAAAAACGGGUGUCCUCCGUGGUAUCGGGAUUUCAGUCGGCCUUCGACCUGAUCAGUCCCUGGGCCUUGUUCCGGUUCUCGGCAGUCCAUCACAAGAUGGGAGGACCUUCCAGAGACAUUUACUGGCUGGCCGGAGCUGAAGUUUGCUUCACCAUUUGUGCCUCUCUAUUCCUGCUGCCCUUCGUCCUGCUUCGUUGUAUACCGAAGCACAGCAAACAAGAGUAAACUAUUCAGAGGGCGGUUUCCCCGGAAAAUCGAGAAUCGAACUUGAAUUCAAGAAACCGAGUUGACUCUGGAAGAUCUAACCGAGGGCAUUAGUGUAUUUUUCACAGCAGCCUUCCACCUCCUUUGCCUGUAUUUGAGCAGAGGUCCUUCUGCGUCUUUCCGUGGGAGUAUCUGGGUGUGGGUGUGUGUUUGUGUAUGGAUGCCAGGGUCUGAGCAGUGACCCAUGGAAAAAGGACCUUCGGGUAAAGCUGCCUUCCUACAAAUAGGACGGUGAAGAUGCCGACUUGCUCAAUCCAUGAUAAACAAAGCCACCUUCAACCCAAGUCCACUUCCUUCCAGCUGGGAAGGCCUGGGAAUUUUCCUCGUUCAAAGCGGGAUGUUCGCUCAAACCUUUACGGAUUGGCCCACAAGGUCUUCGCUAUGAAGCCGUGAGACCCAAACGAUGCCAUGUUUGGUGACGCAACUUUGGAUUUGGCAUCUCUAAGUUUCAGGUAAAGGUAGUUGCUGCCUGUGUUCCCAUAAGGCACUCUCCAUUUGCCUUCACCUAGAUUGCUGCUCUCUCUUCGUGUCCCUGGUGUGCCUCUUCCCUCUUUUCUUUGCAUCCUUGUGCCUCUUCCCUUUUCUUCGUGUCCUUGUGCCUCUUCUCUUCAUGUCCCUGUUGUGCCUCUUCCCCCUUUCCGUGUCGCUAUUGUGCCUCUUCCCUCUUUUCUUCAUCUUUUUGUGCCUCUUUUCUUCGUAUCCCUAUUGUGCCUCUUCCCUUUUUUCUCUUCCCUCUUUUCUUCGUCUUUUUGUGCCUCUUUUCUUUGUAUCCCUAUUGUGCCUCUUCCCUUUUUUCU